AUGGCCCUGCCUAUAAGGUCACCGUCAGAUAUAGGGUGGCCUGCCAAGGUUCUGCCGAAGCACAUCUACCGCUACGAAGACCUCCGUAAGGGACGCGUGUCCAUUGAAACCUCUUUCUUCCACCAACGCUUCAACCUGGCGACAUGGGAAGACGUGAUGCCACGGGACACAGUCUAUUUAGCAGUGAUGAGGGAACCCCUUGACCAACUCCGAUCGCUUAUUGGAUUCGUACCUCGUCUUAGGAAUCACAUCGAUGGAUCAAAUAAAGAAAAGAUAUAUAAUUUCUAUGCCGAUCCAGAGGCCCAUCAUGGCCGAGGACCGUCCGUAUUUUCGUGGACAAGGAGCUUCAUGGCCUUCACCCUCGGUUUCCCCCAAAACGCGCCAAUGGAAGUCGCCGAAAGACAUCUCCGACAAACUGAUGGCGUUUUUGACCUGGUCCUUCUGACGGAGUAUUUGUUCGAGUCAAUGGUGCUGCUUCGGCGACGGAUGUGCUGGGCGAUGCGUGAUGUUGUGUUCAUACGCCUGAACAGCAAGUUUAAAGAAACAAUACAAUAUCCCGAGGAAUUACAUAACAAAUCUCGGGCUUGGAACAAAGUUGACCAUUUAUAUUAUGACCAUUUUAAACAAAAACUUUUACGAGAGAUUUCAAAUGAGGAGGAUUUUCAAGAAGAAUUGGAACGUUUUAAAGAAGUGAACCUUAUUAUCAAUAGAUUUUGUAGUGAAGUUAUGGAGAAUAGGCUCACUGAGGACAUAAUUGUGCCGAAGUCUGAGUGGAAUGAAGAAUUCAGAUUUGCUAGACGCGAUUGUAAUAAUUUGGCAGCGAUGAAUUCGAAAGUGAUCAAAAAGCUCAAGAAACGAUUAAAUGACAUUAUUGAUACUUAG